AUGUUCACACCACGUACGACGCUGCUUAUCCUCCUCUGUCUGCUUAUUCUCCUUGCUGUCCUACCCCAUGUACACGCUUUUGGAGCAGGGAACAUCCCCUCCUAUGCCUACCUCGAGGGCAAGGCGUUCCGGCAUGGAGAUAUAGAGGAUGUACUCAGUACUCUUGUCAAGAAAGCAGGUGGGUUCCUGGGUAGAGGGACAAAGUUCGGAGGGCUGGAUACUAAAAGGGUGUACUUCGGGAACUGGCUGAGGGACUACAGUCAAGCGAUGGACAUUGCCGCUCUGAAGAAACUCGAAAAACAGACAAUCCUCAAUCUCGUCAUGGCACUCGGUUUCCUCGCGCACGGCUAUGCCACUUCCGAGUUUGAGGUGACAGAAGAAAGGCUGGGCGUCUACCUUCCUACGGAGCAUAUUGACAACCCGAAAGGUUAUGGCGGAGAUGAGGAUCCGAGGAAGUAUCACCCGGCUCUCCGGCCGCCUGUGGAUCAAAGGGAACUGGAGAUCGAUGAGCGCACGGGGAUGAAGAACUAUAUUGGGAAUGAAAAUGGGAAUUGGGAUACGAGCAGGGCUUUGGUGAGAAGGACACUCGAGAAAUGUAUCGCCGCUGGGCGGCAGGCGCGUUCCAGCGGGAGCAAGGAAACAGAGUACGAGGCCUUCCGCCUGCUUGGGACAGCUCUCCACACACUGGAAGAUUUUGCCGCCCACUCGAACUUCUGCGAACUUGCCCUCGUCAACCUCGGACAUGGAGAGGUGUUCUGCCAUGUCGGAGAGCACUGUAGGAUUCGCGCUAGGAAUGGCAAGAUGGUGCCUCCGCUUGUGACGGGCACGUUUGGUGGAGCGGACUUUAUCCAUUCACUGCUUGGCGAGGCGACUGAUCAUAUCUCCGAAGCAUCCGUCUCGGACCUGACGAAAGGGUUUGACCGCGCACGAUCUCAAUCCGGCAGUGCGUCACAGGACACACUCCGCUCGCUCUUCUCCCAGCUUCCUGGAGGAGAGGGUACUAAGCUCACGCGAGAGAUGGACGGCGUACAGCGGAUGAGGGCUGAGGGAGGUGUGGGGGGAAAGAAACCGGAACAGAUGAGCCCCCAGGAACUGCAUGCCGCGCUCUGGCAGGUCCUCAAGUUCCGUGAUGGCGUGAUGAUGUACAUCGAGGAGACGCUCGAGAAGAUCCCUCUACUCUCUAGUUUGAUUGACAAGAUCUCCAACACGGUGUCUGUCUUCGUCCUAACCUCUAUCGAGCCACUCAUGAAGCCCAUCCUGAAGCAAGCCACCGCCGGUCUGCAAAUGGGCUCGAGCGAACUCGUCAACUCGGUAGACCAGUUCGAGGUGUUCAAUAACCCUAUGGCUUCCGACCCGACGCACUCUUUCCUCUCCAAGGAUCACUUUGGCCUUAUACUGAACGAACCUGCAGGGAUGUUGGGAAAGCUCGUCCUGACGUACACCGUCAACCUUGUCGUCCAGGCAUGGGACAACCACGGUAUGGAUACUCGUGCAGUCACCGAACCUGUCCUGGAGUCAUUCUUCCAUCCAGAUUUUUACGACCAGCGUUCGCAGAUUCAAUACCAGAUGAUGACCUUUAUGAAAGAAUGGAUCCAAGGCCAACCCAACCGGGAAGAAGUGAUCCGUCGGCUCACCCAAAACGCAGUCAAGAACCACGAGAACACACGGCUCCACACUGGAGGAAGCGACACUGGCUUGGGGCACAAUAUGGGCAUAGAGGCACAACACCAACUCGGCUCAUAUGUCCAGUCUAUCCCGGGUGUGGCGCAGGUACAGGGAGCGUACAACAGCUUCCAGCGCAUCUCCGGCCAGGUGUCGCAGUUCACUGGUGGAGGAGCGAGGAGGGAAGUGACGGACGACGCACCCCCUGGAGCUGGGGUGCCGUCCCUCAACCCGCCGGGGACGUUCCCUUCCCAUUCAUUUACGGAGGUGACUACCACGACUAUCUCAACAGGCGGGUUCCAGGAACAGUUCUCCCCGGGAUACCAGCAUCCCGAAGGUCGCCAGCCUCCGCAAGUCACGGCUCCCCGGCCGCCUGCAUCACCGCGUCCGCAAGAACACGACUACCAGCAGCAGCAUGGCCAGCAUCAGGGAGGAAAUUACCAACCGCACCACGGGGAUGAUCACAGCCCACACCAAGCGCAACAUCAACCUUCUUAUGCACCUCCCCCCGGUGCACCUUUCCCGCCACCAAUGGGAGGAUACGCCGGCCCCGCGUAUGCCCCUCCCCAAGGUCCCCCACCCGGGCAGUGGCAAGGUUACCCUCCUCCAGGGCCACCCCCUGGACAAUGGGGUCCUCCGCAGGGCCCGCCUCCUGGAUGGCAAGGGCCACCGGGGCAGGGAUGGUCGGGUUACCCUGGUCAGGGGAGGUGGUAAGAUUGGAAACUCGGGAUUGAUAUUGGACAUCACAAAGGUAUGUAUAUUAUGGGGUUGAAGUAACUGUAGACUGUGUUCGUGUAGAAUGGUGCACUGAUGAAAGAUCGU